AUGUCAACAGCUUUGAUUCCAGCACAGUCAGCUGAAAUCCAGGCUCUGGCGCAGUAGCACUCUGGUCGCUCUGGGUUGGAAGUAUCAUUUUAAACUGCAGAUUCAACAACAGUUUCAAAUAAAAGAAAAGGAGAAGCAGGUCUGAAAGGACUUGAUGCACAGAUUUAAAGGGCACUAGGAAACAUUCUGGCUUCCAGCGAGUAGGGCAAGGAUGAUAUAUCUGAAAGGGCUGGUCUCUGAAGUGGAUCAUGCCCCCUAGAUAGCAGACUCUUCGCCUCUCUGGUUGUCGGCUCCUCCUGAUCGGAGAGGAUGCCUCCCCGGAAGCGCACGCGGCCCGCCCUGGGCUUCCUGUGCUGCUUCAGCAGCAGUGAACCCCCUGAGAUCAACCUGAAAGACAGUGUCCCCCUGCAGCUGCUGGAGUUCAGUGCCCCCAUGCCCCCAGAGGAAGAACUGCAUGCCCGCUUCUCUGAAUUGGUGGAUGAAUUGGAUCUCACAGACAAGAACAGGGAAGCCAUGUUUGCUUUGCCUGCUGAGAAGAAAUGGCAAAUCUAUUGCAGCAAGAAGAAGGAACAAGAGGACCCCAACAAGCUUGCUACCAGUUGGCCUGAUUACUACAUAGACCGCAUCAACUCCAUGGCAGCUAUGCAGACAUUAUUUGCCUUUGAUGAAGAGGAAAUGGAAAUGAGAAACAAAGUGGUAGAGGAUCUAAAGACAGCCCUCCGCACUCAGCCAAUGAGGUUUGUGACGCGCUUCAUAGAGUUGGAUGGCUUGACGUGUCUUCUGAACUUCCUAAGAAGCAUGGACUACGAAACCUCAGAGAGCCGCAUACAUACCUCCAUCAUCGGCUGCAUUAAAGCCUUGAUGAACAACUCCCAGGGCCGUGCUCAUGUACUGGCCCAUCCCCAGAGCAUUAACACUAUCUCCCAGAGCCUCCGCCAGGACAACAUCAAGACCAAAGUGGCUGUAUUGGAGAUCCUGGGCGCUGUUUGCUUGGUGCCUGACGGGCAUAAGAAAGUGCUACAGGCAAUGGCACACUACCAGAAGUAUGCUGCAGAGAGGACUCGCUUCCAGUCUCUCUUGAACGAGCUGGACAGAAGCACAGGACGCUAUAGAGACGAAGUAAAUCUGAAGACAGCCAUCAUGUCAUUCAUCAAUGCUAUGCUGAAUGCUGGGGUUGGAGAGGACAGUCUAGAGUUUCGCCUUCAUCUUAGGUAUGAGUUUCUGAUGUUAGGAAUUCAGCCAGUCAUCGAGAAGCUGAGAACACAUGACAAUGUCACGCUUGACAGACAUCUGGACUUCUUUGAAAUGGUGCGGAAUGAAGAUGAGUCUGAACUGGCCAAACGCUUUGACAUUACACACGUGGACACCAAGAGUGCUGGCCAGAUGUUUGAGCUGAUCAAGAAGAAAUUGAGCAUCACAGAUGCCUACCCCCACCUUCUAUCUAUCUUACAGCACUGCCUCCAAAUGCCAUAUAAACGUGGUGCUGGCAGCAUACAGCAAUGGCAACUUUUAGACCGCAUCCUUCAGCAAAUUGUUCUACAAGAUGAGAAGGGAGAAAAUCCAGAUGUUUCACCCCUGGACAAUUUCAACGUUAAGAACAUCAUUAGAAUCUAUGGAAAGGAGCGCAUGUCAAGGCUUGUCAAUGAGAGUGAAGUCAAACAGUGGCGCGACCAAGCAGAAAAGUUCAGAAAAGAGCAUGUAGAGCUGGUGGCUCGGCUGGAAAGAAAAGAAAGGGAGUGCGAAACCAAGACACAAGAGAAGGAGGAUAUGAUGAAGACACUCAACAAGAUGAAGGACAAACUGCAGAAGGAAGGAGUGGAAUUGCGCUCUGCCAGGGAGCAAGUAUUAGACCUGUCCUCCCGCAUUAGUGACAUUUCAAGUGAAGUUCCUUUUCCUGUUCCCCCUCUGCUCCCUGGGAGUCCAAUGGCUCCGCCUCCACCACCUAUGAUGAUGGGUGGCUUCCCUCCUCCUCCUCCUCCACCUAUUGCUUUCUCCAGCCCACCUCCACCACCUCCUCCACCUCCCCCGGGGGGUCCUCCACCCCCACCUGGAGCCCCGCCCAUCUUUUCUGGGGUUCUGCCUCCACCUGGACCUGCUCCCAUUGGUUCCACAACCAGCCUACAGACAAAGAGCAUCCCCCAACCUUCACAACCACUCAAAUCCUUUAACUGGUCCAAACUGGGAGAGAACAAGAUCACUGGUACCAUCUGGUAUGAGAUUGAUGACAGAAGGGCCUUUAAAGUUCUUGACCUGAAGGACAUUGAGAAGAUGUUUUCAGCUUAUCAGAGGCAGCAAGAGCUGCUCACUAACCAAUCCUUCAAGCAGAAAGAGACGGGGUCAAUGGAUGACCUUUAUCUAAGCUCGCGCAAAGUUAAAGAGCUGUCUGUCAUCGACGGACGGAGAGCCCAGAACUGUGUCAUCCUUCUUUCCAAGUUAAAAAUGAGCAAUGAAGAGAUAAAAAGAGCUAUUCUAGAGAUGGAUGAAAGGGAAGAGCUGGCUAAAGACAUGUUAGAACAGCUGCUGAAGUUUGUUCCUGAGAAAAGUGAUAUCGACCUUCUGGAGGAACACAAACAUGAGCUUGAGCGUAUGGCUCGGGCUGACCGCUUCCUGUUUGAGAUGAGCAGAAUCGACCACUAUCAACAGAGGCUCCAGUCUCUUUUCUUCAAAAAGAAGUUUGCAGAGCGUCUAGCAGAGACAAAGCCCAAGGUUGAAGCUAUUCUUUGUGCGUCGCGUGAGGUGAUGAGAAGCAAGCGUCUGACACAGGUUCUGGAAGUGGUUUUGGCAUUCGGGAACUUCAUGAACAAAGGACAGAGGGGCAACGCAUAUGGUUUCAAAGUGUCCAGCCUCAACAAGAUCGUAGACACCAAGUCAAGUAUAGACAGGAACAUCACCAUGUUGCAUUACUUGAUCAUGAUCUUUGAGAAGAAUUACCCUGACAUCCUCAAUAUACAACAGGAUUUGGUCAGUGUACCAGAAGCUGCCAAAGUCAAUCUGGCUGAGCUGGAGAAGGAAGUGUUCAGCAUCAGGAGCGGCCUGAAAGCUCUGGAGGCGGAGUUACGAUACCAGCAGAGCCAAGCAUGUGACCGGGGAGACAAGUUUGUCCCAGUGGUCAGUGACUUCAUCACGGUAGCUAGCUUCAGCUUCUCUGAACUUGAGGAACUACUCAAUGAAGCCAAAGAUAAGUUUUCCAAGUCUCUGAAGCAUUUUGGAGAGGAGGAAGGUCGCAUGCAACCGGAUGAGUUCUUUGGAAUCUUUGACAUCUUUCUGCAGUCGUUCAGUGAGGCCCGACACGACCUGGAGAACAUGCAGCGACGCAAGGAGGAGGAAGAGAGGAGAAUACGUAUGGAGGCCAUGCUGAAGGACCAGCGGGAACGAGAGAGACGAGCGAAGAAAAGCACCGGAGGCAGUGUGUCAGAGGAGGUGGGAGAGUUUGAUGAUCUUGUGUCGGCGCUUCGCUCAGGUGAAGUCUUCGAUAAGGACUCUAAACUUAAACGCAACCGCAAGCGCUCUGUCAACCAGCUGACGGAUGGAGGGGGUCGUGAAAGACCGGUCACCAAGGUGAACUAUUGACCCCAGUGAAUACAGUCAAAAGGAGACCAGACUUUUUAUAUUCACAGACUGACGGGGAACUCUCUUAAAAUGUUGUACACUGCCCUAUAUUUUACAUUUUGCUCAGACCAGUAAUAAGUGACAAGCUCAAAGAUGGACAGGCUCACUGUAAAAUAGUCUGGACCUACUAUGUGAAGGAUACCCUCUUGUUUCUGCUUUUCAGUCUUCCUUCUUAUCAUGUACACUCAAACUGAGAUCUCACUAUUGGUUUUUGUGGCCAACCAGAGUUUCAACCUGGAAGAGCAGUUCAAGAAGAACAGUCUGGCGCUGCGAGGUCUCACAAUACAAGAGGUGGACAUCAUAGGAGUCAUUUGUAGAAUCCAUUUGGUUCAUCCUUAUAACCAGCCAAGAUUAUUAUCCUUUCUCAGCCGCCUAUUCCCUUGCUCUAACUUUGGGAGAUUAAGAGAGAGCCCCAUUUUUGGAAAUCUAGUACCUCUAAACUUCGGAUCCAACUGUGCUUUUCAAUUUAAAGGAUGCAGCUGGUGCUUCUUAAACAUGAAAAUGGAGAUUAAAAAAGGAAAUAUUAUUAUUCAAAGCUAGAUUUGAUAUAUGACACUGUGGAUGCAGCCUUACAGGUUGGGAUACUCCUUCCCCAAGUGCCUCUACAAGCAUAACGGCAUUCCGAGGACUACCUCCUGGAUGGAGAUACCGACAAAAGAAUAACACUUUUACAGAGAGACACAGAGAAUAAUACAAAACCGGAAGUCUCAAAAUGCGAGUGAAUAUUAUGAAUGCAGAAAUUCGAGUUCCUUUACAUGCAUUGUGUCGAACAGUUAAAUGAACCCGUAGGAUUGUCAUGGCAUUUAAAUGUAGAGGCAGACCCACUCUCAUAUUUCAGGUUUAUUUUUGUUUAGCGCCUUUUCUUUGAAUGCUUUUGGACGCUUCAAGGUAUACCAAAGUAACACAUUAAUACAUCUCCAUCAGGUUGUUACUGGAAUACUUUUGUGACCUUGAAUCGGUCAUAAUUUGUCUUAUCUGUCCUCUACAACCGCACCUUUUAUUGAAAACGCUCUUAGGUAGCUUUCUAGAAAGGAAGGGACAAUGACAUUUUGUUUAAAGAAGCAGUUAGCAAUGAGCAAGUAAUACCAUGUGUCUUCAUCACUUUUUCAGGUUAACAUACUGAACCUUUGGGCCUUGAUUAUGUUAAACAAAACGAUGCCUCACAUAUAUCUAAAUGUUUAUAAAGAAACACUAGGUACACACUGCUAUUUGCCACAGUUGUCUCCUGAAUCUCAGAGAUUUCCACUGAAUUUCAGACUUUGACCUUUUAACUCGAGGUCAACAUUAUGUAACCCACUUCGGUUUUCUUGUUUAUUAUAUAUUGUUCAUAUUUUCUUUUUUUAAAACAAUAUAUAUAUAUUAAGUAGCUGUAGUCAGGACAAAGGUUGCAGAUGUACAUACAAUGACCUUGUAGUUGGCAUGAUAUGGCAGAGAAAAUGGUGUUAGACACAGGCAAGACAAGACGAGAGGCCACUGAUUUGGAUACAGACACAGAUGUGAAGGCAAUGUCGAGUGCGAACAUCUGAAAGGGGAGGAUGAAGAGUCCAGUGAGAUUUUGAUUGUUUUGAACCAAGAAAAAAAAAAAAAGCACUUUUCAUGCAGUUUUGUUUUUUCUCAAGAGGCAUCCUACUGUUUUCAGUUCAACAUGUAGGCUAAGUUAAAUUGCAGCAGUCUGUUGGAGAUUUGUAGGCCUCCUGUGUCAUCUGUCCAUAUGGGGUCACAGUGGGAGUUCUGUUUAAGGUGAUUGUGUUUAUCUUUUAAGAGAUGGUUAAAUAUGGUGCUAAUUUUCCAUUUUGUGGGUACAGUUCUGCACCUCCUGACCCUGCUUAAGGAACAAAAAGGGUGUCUGUAUGAGAGCAGGAGCUUUGGUAUAUCCAUAUUUCAUUAGGCCAGUGGGAUAAUUUAUUAACAGUCCAAAAACAAACAAGUUUCAACACUAAGCUUGCAAGUGCCAUAACAAAGGGCCAGUGUAGUCAUUCUCUCCUUUCUCACUUGCAUCAGCUCAUUGUGUGUACUUAUUUAGAUUUAAUGAUUGAAAGGUGUAUAUUUAUGUUUGUUUUGUUAAUGGUGUAUCUAUAUACCAAAAGUAGUAAUUGCAGUUCCAUCUGUUUUAGGUCACAUGUUUUGUGACUAAUGGCUUGAACACUUAGUAUGAGUCAGUAUGUUUUGUACAACAGACAGCAGUUGUUUAAAAUCUUUUUGGUUUGACCUGAAAAGAGCACAGAGGCUUGUCUAGAACAUUUAGAAAAAGACAAUUAUUGCCUAUUUAAAUCUGAACGUUUCAAUUAGCUUUAACUUGUCUGUAAUUAGUUUGAUUGCACUUCCUAAGGAUUCCCCACGGAGGCUCUUAUUAGAUCUUACGGCAAAGUCCUAAAGCUUGAGCCGAUUAAUUUGAGAUCACGCACAAUUAGGAAUGUGGAUUUGCACAAUUUAAUGUUCAGGGCGCACCGAAAUGAAUAUGAAGGCAUAUAUUUUGUCAGACAAUUUUAUAAUCUUGCAUCUGAUUGAGUAUCUAAAGAUGAUCCCCCUUGCCAAAUUAAAAUCGGGGUGUUUUGGGCUCUUUUAUUUCCUUUUACGUCUUUGUUCUUGUCAUGAGAGGAGUGGUAUUUCAGACAUAUUGGUGUUCUGACUUUCCAGCUCCACAGAGUAUUAAAAUCUUCAGUAUUAUUAUUUGUAUUAUUUUUUUUUUUUGUAUAUAUAUUUGGUCAUUGAUUGUCCAAAACAGAAAGGAAAAGAUGUAGCUAUAGUUGCUUGAUGCACUUUUGUAGGACAAACUUUUCCUGCACCAAAAACCUGAGGAGCCAAAGGCUGAUAAAAAUAUGAAAAUUUAAGUAUAUUUUUGUAGUUAAGAAAUCAGGCCUUCGUAAAUAGGUGUAAAUUUAUCCAAUAUUCCAAGUUCCAUUUGUUUUGUUUUUUUUUUUUUUUUUAUAUAUAUAACACUAACCUUUUGUUGGAUUGAAUAUUGAUAGAUAUGAUAUUGGCUGUGAUAUGAAGGGUAAAGAAAAUUGAUUGUUUAUCUUUGGUACAUGUUACAACAAAGUAAAUAUACUGUAUAAGACAGUCAUUGUAAUCAAACUGCAUCUGAAUACAGCAAGCAAAACUGCCUAAAUGUAUCGCUCACUUUUAUAUCUAGAUAUUUUUGAAAGAGAAUGUUUUGCCUCACACUUCUGCUUGGUCCAAUAAUGCACUUGAUGUUUUCCCUAUUGGCUCGAGUUGUGCAUAGGUGUGGUUCUUUGAUAAUACCGGUGUAUUAUUGUCUGUGACAUGAAACAAAUCACAUUCAUGGAAUGCUCCACCCGUGAUUUUGACAGAUUGUAAUUGUGCUGCGUGCACAAUUUUAAAGGCUGAUUUGACACAUGAUAGAUGUAUAGUUCUCAAAUCUUUUGUACACCAUCAUAAAAACAAGAAAGGGUAAAAAUAAAGUCUGAGGAAUGUGGAAAUGAUUUUGUUUUCUUGUAAAUUGAACCUCUAUUUAUUUAGUUUGCUAUAUUUUGUAUGUAUACACAGCAUUACGACAGAAAUUGUAUAAUUAUAACUAUAUAGUGAUUUGAUAUUUGUUGGAUAGUUUGUAUGAGAAUGACAAGCCAAGGAUGGGCAACUUCAGUCCUGGAAGGCCAGUGUCCUGUAGAGUUUAGAUCCAGCCCUGAUAAAAACUCUCCUGCCUGCCUUUCUAGUAAUCCUUAAUUAGCUUGUUCAGGUGUGUUUAAUUAGAAUUGGAGCUAAACUCUGCAAGACAUCGAUCCUCCAGAACAGAAGUUGCCCAUUCUUGAUUUAUAUAUAAUUGUUUGUUUAUGGUUUGACCCUCAAACCCUUCACCUGACCCCUUUCCAUGUGACAUUUUGUAGGGUAAAAAUAAACUUGUUUCACUGA